ACCAAUGGAAGGCUAGAAAUAAUAUAAUCAAAGACAAGGAGAAAACUUCUGUUUUUUCACUUCCGCAAAUCUAUAAAAGUUCUCGAUCGAUUUUGUUUUUUUGGACAAAAAUGGCGGAUUUUAGUGUCUACCUGCUCCUCCUCCUGUUCACGGCCGCCAUUUUACUCCCCUCCGCCGCGCCGGACAUCGCCUCCGAUCGCGCCGCCCUACUGGGCCUCCGCUCCGCCGUGGGCGGCCGCGUCCUUCUCUGGGACCUCUCGAGCUCCACCCCCUGCACGUGGCCGGGAGUCGUCUGCUCGCCGGAGAACUCCUCCGUCGUGGAGCUUCAUCUCCCCGGAAUGGGACUCUCCGGCCAGCUGCCGCCGAAGUCCUUCGCGAACAUGACCAAUCUGCUGACGCUCAGCCUCCGCUACAACGCCCUCUCCGGGCCGCUUCCGGCGGACAUGUUCGCCUCCGUCACCUCACUCCGGAACCUUUACUUGCAGCACAAUUUCUUCAGCGGCCAAAUUCCGGAUACCCUGUUCGCGCUGACGUCACUCGUCCGGGUCAAUUUGGCCGGAAACAAUUUCUCCGGCCCGAUUUCGCCGUCCUUCAACAACCUGACCCGGUUAGGCACGCUCUACUUGCAGGACAACCAUUUCUCCGGCCCCAUACCCGAUUUGAAUCUGCCGCUUCUUGCCCAAUUCAACGUAUCCAACAAUAACCUCACCGGCGGAAUUCCCGACAGCCUCGCCGGAAAACCCAAGAAUUCCUUCGCCGGAAAUUCCCUCUGCGGCGAUCCGAUCGAUACUUGCACCCUCAAAAACCCAAAGAAGAAGAAGCUCUCCGGCGGAGCAAUCGCCGGAAUCAUAAUCGGUUCGGUUCUCGGUUUCCUUUUAAUACUAUUGCUCCUCUUCUGUUUAUGCCGCGCAUUGUCAAGAAAGGGAGCGAGAUCUAAAGACGAGGUUGUUUCCAAGGAGAGAGAAGUCGAUAUUCCGGCGGAGGACGGCGGCGCAGCCGCCGCCGCCGCCGCGGGCGGCGGCAACUUUGCGGCCGCAUUGGGGACGAAGGAGAAAGAGAAGGGGGAGAACAGUUUGACGAGUGGUGGUGGGAAGAAGGGGCUAAUUUUCGUCGGGAAAACGAACUGGAGUUUCGAUUUGGGAGAUCUGUUGAAGGCUUCGGCGGAGGUUUUGGGGAAGGGCAGUUACGGAACGGCGUACAAGGCGGUGAUGGAAAACGGGCUGGCGGUGGCGGUGAAGAGGAUACGAGAUGUGAAUAUGGGGGAGAAGGAGUUUGGUGAGAAAAUGGAAGAGAUUGGUAGAAUUGAGCAUGAGAAUUUGGUUUGUUUAAGGGCUUAUUACUUCAACAAGGAUGAGAAGCUACUUGUCUUUGAUUACUUGCCUAUGGGAAGCUUGUCUGCUCUAUUACAUGGAAACAAGGGAGCUAGCCGGACACCGCUAAACUGGGAGACGAGAGCCACCAUCGCCCUCGGAGCCGCCAGAGGAAUCUCCCACCUCCACUCCCAAUCCCCAACCACCGCCCACGGCAACAUCAAGUCGUCCAACAUCCUCCUCACGAAAACCUACGAAGCCCGCGUCUGCGACUUCGGGCUCGCACAGCUGGCGUCGGGCCCGGCCGCAUCCCCGAACCGGGUCGCGGGGUACCGGGCGCCGGAGGUGACCGACGCCCGCAAGGCGUCCCACAAGGCCGACGUGUACAGCUUCGGCGUGCUCCUUUUGGAGCUGCUCACCGGCAAGGCGCCGACCCACUCGUCGACCAACGAGGAGGGGGUUGACCUCCCGAGGUGGGUCCAGUCGGUUGUCCGCGAGGAAUGGACGGCUGAGGUUUUCGAUCUCGAGCUGCUUCGAUAUCAGACCGUUGAGGAGGAUAUGGUGCAGAUGCUGCAGCUCGCGAUCGACUGCACCGCGCAGUAUCCUGAUAAACGUCCCGUGAUAUCUGAGGUUGUUGCUAGAAUCGAGGAGCUUUGUCGUUCGGGUGAUUCGAGUGGUGAUAUUGUUGGUGUUGGAGAAGAGGAGUCGCAGGUUGUUUGAUUAAUUUUUUUUUUUAAUUUUUUUUUACUUUACUUAUUUGUUGAUUCUUGAAUGUACUAUUUGAGUGAGGCUUAGUUGUGUAAGUUUGUUAUUUUGCUUCUUUUCUAUUUUUAAUUUUUAUUAUUAUUUUUUUGGAGAGGUUCUUAUGGGGAAUUCAAUUCAUUAUGAUUCUUGUUUAGUUGUCUGAAAUCUCUGAACUGUAAAAUAACUGUCAAUUUAUUCUUGUUGGGGUUGGUUGACUUGCACAUGGUGGUACAACUCAAAUUUGUUCC